AUGAGUCGCGUCAGCCCAAAACAGAGAAAGCUCGCCAAGUACCGCCGCAUGGCCUGCUUGGCCAUUGCCCUCAGCCUUCCUUACAAGGGCCACCUCAUCAACAUGUACACCGCGCUUGCCCGCUCUCGAUACAUGACGCGACCCAAAGUAUAUGGCAACCUCCGUGAUCGUGACUGGCGAAAAACCAUCGACAAAAUCCAUCUCACGGCUAGAAAAAAUACCACCAACACGACGGAUUUCCGCCAGAGAUUCCGUCUCACGCCGAGUGGACCUCGCAAGCAGGCGCCACCAAUGUACCAGCUCUCGGUCGCGUUGUACCGUCUGGGUCACGAUGGUAGUGGCGCAAACAUGAACGGUGUCGGCCAUACUUUUGGAGUUUCUGAGGGCACAGCGACAUUGUGGACCAAAC